UUCAAAACAUAAUUACUUGAUACUACUGUCAAUUUUUUAUACAUGAUAAUAUUUAUAUUAUUUUAAACAAUAAUUAUUCAGAUUAGUGCUUACUCAUAAUUCACAUAAGAUGCGUCGUCGCGCAGGUGUAGGUGCUAUUCAAAAACAGAGACUCGAACAAGAAAAGUACAGAGAAAAGGGUUCUGAAAUUCAAGAGAAUCAAUUUCAACAAAUGUCCAAACAGUUAGAGGUUUUUAGGGAAAAUCUCGAGGAAUUCGCUACUAAACAUAAGAGUGAAAUAAAAAAGAAUGCUCAGUUUAGAAGACAGUUCCAAGAAAUGUGCGCUGCGAUUGGUGUCGAUCCUUUGGCAUCGGGAAAAGGAUUCUGGUCAGUUUUAGGUAUCGGAGAUUUUUACUAUGAGCUUGGAGUGCAAAUUGUAGAAGUGUGCUUAGCUACAAAUUACAAAAAUGGUGGUCUCAUAACAUUAGACGAAUUGAGGACUCGGCUUAUAGCUGCGAGAGGAAAAGCAAAAAAGCAUCAGGACAUAACCAAUGAAGAUUUAUUAGCAGCUGUUAAAAAACUCAGAAUAUUUGGAAAUGGGUUUACAGUAGUGCCAAUUGGUAAAGGAAAAUGGCUGGUCCAGUCAGUACCAGGAGAGUUAAACUUAGACCAGACUCUAGUACUUCAAAAGGCUAGUACAUUAGGCACUGCCUGGGUGUCUACGAGCAUUCUUACCGAUGAUUUAGGUUGGAAUGAAACAAGAGCACAAAAUGCUCUCAACCAUAUGGUCAAAGAAGGUCUUGCUUGGGUGGAUACUCAAGAUACAAAAGAAACUCUGUACUGGUUUCCCAGUAUGUUUGCUGAAUGUGUGUCAGCUUUGUGAGGUGAUAUAGAUUUAAAUACUAUGGAAUUAAUUCAAAUUUGUUUUUCACUCGAUACUAACACUAACUGUAAAAUUGUAAAUAUCAAAUAAUUAUUAUAUUUCUGUUUAUAUUGAAUAAUUGUUGUAUGUUAAAAAUAAAUAAAAAAGAACUUUUAAUAUUUAUAUUUCAAUAAAACAUUUUGGAAACUUAAUCUUUUAAUAAACUAAUAUUGCACUAUUAUGGAAUGUAAUAUGACUCAUGGUGAAGAGUCAUAAACUGCU